GUAGUCAGUCGGCCGCCGCACACCCCGAGGGAUGCCUCGCGUCUAUCACCACCAUGAGAUGGAAUUCGCCGCUUUUCGCCCCGGCUUUGGCCAGCCGACUGUCCUCCAACGCCUGGGCCUGGAGCCCCAUCUGCUGUCCUCCACCGUGCACCUGCAGCAGUACCUGCGCUACGCGGAACCCCUAGAGCUGGCCUACCCCCUGGACCUGAGUCUCAAGAGCCAGACGCCCAUCACGCCACCCUGCACGCCGUCCCCGGGAGUCAAACGCGCGCAGUCACCCGCUGAAAUCUCGCCCAAGAAGAAGGCCCCGAGUAACCCCACGCCGAAGAAGUCCAAAGCCACGCGGAAGCUCAACUUCGACGAGGAUAACAGCUCGCCGGUCUCGGGCACCAUCAUCAGGGAGUUGCGUCCGGACGAGCACCUGGUGGUGCGCAAGGGCGACAUCGACCCGGCGUUCAACGUGGUGGAGGUCACCGAGGAGGCCAAGGCGGAGUUGGCCAAGAUCGAGAACCACAUCGGGGAUUAUGUUUGCCGCCUCUGCAAGGAACUCUACGAGGAUGCUUUCGGGUUGGCCCAACACAGGUGCUCCAGGAUCGUCCACGUGGAGUAUCGAUGUCCGGAAUGUGAUAAGGUUUUCAACUGUCCGGCGAAUCUCGCCUCGCAUAGGCGGUGGCACAAGCCCAGACCCACCAAUAACAACAAGGAGAGCAAAAGUGAGGAGAAUGAGGACAGUCCGGAACAAUUUCCUUGCGGGGAAUGCGGGAAGAGGUUCAGGAGGAUUGCUUAUUUGAGAAAACAUCAAGCGAUUCAUCAGAUUGACUGACAAAGACUUGUUCCGGUUAGACCUAUACCUAGGAUGGCGCCUAGGCUUUGGAGACCUCCACCGUUACCACCUGUUCAAGUCAGUAGCGCCUCCGAAAGGUAUGUACCCAGUAUUACGUGGCUGAACCAUUUCUAAGUUUUGUAAAUUUUGUAAAUGGUGUACAUAACUAUCAACUUUUCUAGUCUAUCAAACUAGUCAUUUUAUUUUAAUCUAGUCUAAGCGGAGUACAAAUUAGUUUAAUUAUUUAGUCACUGUAUCUAGUCUACGUGCAACCGGUUGCAAUAUUUAACUUUCUGCAAUUCUAGUCGUUUUAUUUUUCUAGUCAAAUAAUAUUUCUAGUCCAUUCUUUAAACUAGGUACGAGUAUUAUCUGUUUCAAGUUACUGUGGACAUUAUUAUGUCAGGUGUGUUUGGAAAACUCUCAAAAAUUUAUUACUUAUUAAUUCAUUAUUAAUUCGUUGGCAGAAACUUGAUUUUCCUCCACGGAAACUUGGAACAGAUGUUUUUUCUAGUCAGUGGUAUUUAACUAGUCCAUGAUUGCAGCUAAAGUCUUUCAUUGUGUGUUGUAUAGGGAAAAUGCUUGUGAUAUUAUGUAAUAAUUUAUUAGUUUUAAGCGUCUUGUACCAAAAUCAAAAUAGCUGUAAGUUUAAUUAGGUGCCAAAUUUUCGAAGUGAAAAAGCUCGCACCGUUUAAAAAAAAUAUCUAGGUUAAUAAAGUGCGGGCAAGGGAAAAAGUUUGCAAUAAGCUUAAAGCAGCAACUUACCACACUUAAAAACAGUCAAUUGAGUUGUUUUAUUUAAAAAAUGUGUAAAACACUUACGUCUGGUCCGAAUCUAGUCUUUAAUUACUUUAGUCAUCACCCUGUAUCUAGUCUAAGUUAGUCUUAUUUAUUUAAUUUAAAUAGAAAUAUUGUGUAAAUCUAUAAACCGCGAGUGAUUCUAGUCAAAAUGUAGUGUGUCACGGGCACAAAUGGUUUUUGUUUUUCAAUUUUUGAAAAAUACUGUCCAAAUAAAUGUGUUUUGAUCUCGGCCCGUUGGCGUUAGUUGUAAGCGAUGUACAUUUUUGUAAAUGGAAUGUAAUUUAAUGUAAAUAAAUGCACUGAUGUAUUUCA